AUGAGAAUCAAGAUCGAAACCGAUAGCGAGAUCCAGAAUCUGAUCACAUUGAACCGACUGGACGAGAUAUUGGUGGCGAAAUCCGAGGAUCCGGCGCUCAGGAUCGAGCGGAUCCGACAAGCACAGGACGAGGAAGCGUGGAUCCGCGGUUUGAAUAUUACGAGAUCUGACACAGGAAGAGGCCAGUUCUUGCGGAUCCCCAUGAAUUUCGAAGUGGAUCAGCAUUAUUUCCUUUUCUAUUGCCCUACUACGAACGAAUCAGCUGCGGAUCGAAACAACCAGAUGCGACUGGUAUUAACUGAAACGUUGAAUCAAGAUGUUCUACACCACUAUCAUACCAGCCUCCAAGGUGGACAUCAGGGGAUCAGCCGUACUUACGAUCGGAUCCGGGAUCGUUUUCACUGGAGAGGAUUGUAUAAGAGCGUGCAAAGUUAUGUCGGUGAGUGUGCCGACUGCGAGACCGGAAAAGGACGACAUCGGAUCCAGGGCGAAUCGCCGGUUAAUCUUCAACCGCUUUAUCUAUUCCAGAUCAUCGAUAUGGAUCACCUCCCCUCAUUGUCCAGCUCUUAUAAAGGUAACACUGAGUGGUUGGUCUUCGAGAAUUUCUUUUCUGGUUAUCUCAAAGCAAACUCG